AAUAUAUUUGUUUUAAGAAAAAACAGCUUUAUGAAUGAAUCAAAGCAAGAAUAAUAAUAUAGAAACAAUAAAAAUUUAAUAACAAAAAAUACUUUGUAGAAACGAAGAAGCAAAACAGAAGUGUAUAAAUAAUUAAAUCAUAAAACAAAACUUAAUAAACUUCGAAGCGUUUUUAUUACAAUACACAAACAAAGUUACUCACUGAGCAAUCAUUUUGAUUAGCCGACAAAAGCAAUAACAGCUGAAACCACAACAACAACAACAAAUAAUAAGUUUUACUAUCGCCGAAGAUUGUGUAAAGUUAAAAAAGCAAAAAUAUGAAAUUACCAUCGCUCAGUUUGCUUUCAGCAGUUAGGCGUGGAGUGUUGCAGUCGAAUAAAUUUGUAACGUUAAAUCCAACUACUGCGCCACUUUUAAACAAAUAUCGCUUACACCAUUGCAGUGCAGAUUCCAAAAUGUUACCACGCAUUUCUUUUUCAAACGAUUUCUUCUUCCGACAGCUUUUCGAUACGGAAAGUAGCACAUACACUUACCUUUUAGCUGAUCUCAACACACACGAAGCUGUUAUAAUUGAUCCUGUCUUAGAGCAGGCCAAGCGUGAUGCAAAAUUGGUUGAGGAUUUGGGAUUAACACUAAAAUAUGCACUCAAUACACACAUGCAUGCAGACCAUAUAACCGGCAGUGGUUGGCUGAAGAAAUUGCUUCCUGGCUGUCAAUCA